AUGGUGGAUCGUUUAGUGAACAGUGAGGCCAAUGCCAGAAGAAUCGCUAUGGUUGAGAGUUGCUUCGGCAGCUCUGGACAGCCUUUGGCAGAACAAGGCAGGGUCCUUGUAGGAGAAGGUGUCCUAACAAAAAUGUGCAGGAAAAAACCAAAAGCAAGACAGUUCUUUUUGUUCAAUGACAUCCUUGUCUAUGGAAACAUUGUUAUAAACAAAAAAAAGUAUAACAAACAACAUGUUAUUCCACUUGAAGAGGUCAAAUUGGAAUCCCUUAAGGAUGAUGGACAAUUCCGCAAUGGCUGGUUAAUUCGCACAGCAUCAAAGUCGUUUGCUGUGUAUGCUGCAACUGCCACAGAAAAAGAAGAAUGGAUGGCACAUAUAGACAAAUGUAUAGAAGAUUUGCUAAGGAAAAGUGGCAAACAACCCCCGUCAGAACACGCGGCGGUGUGGGUACCAGACAACGAAGCUUCAACUUGCAUGCACUGCAAGAAAACACAAUUCACUGUUCUCAACAGGAGGCAUCACUGCCGCAAGUGCGGGUCCGUGGUGUGCGGGCCGUGCUCUUCCAAGCGCUACCUGCUGCGCGGACAGAGCGACAAGCCGCUGCGCGUGUGCCUGCAGUGCUUCGACGAGCUCAACCGCGAGCGCGCGCGCCCCCAGGCGCAGGCGCCGCCCGCCACCACGCCGCCCGUGAAAGCAGAUGCUUCGGGCUCCGGCGGUGAUUCGUCAGCUGACGAAGACAGUGACGAUGAGGGUGUAACCGCUGAAGAGAACCACGACGAGUACAAACUGAAUUGUCCAAAGUUCUACGGUGACAGCGAAAAGACUGAAGAGACCAACAAUCAUUCGUCCAAGGAUUCCGCAAAGUGA